AUGUCAACGCCGAAGAAGAAAAGUGUGGACAGGAGCGAGGGCCGGAAGGCCAAGGGCCAAGGACCGGGUGGCGUGAAAGGAUGCUGCUGCAAGAGGUCGCAGUGCAUCAAGAACUACUGCGAUUGCUAUCAAUCCAUGGCGAUCUGCACCAUGUUCUGUCGCUGCAUUGACUGCAGGAACACGGAGGUGCGCAAGCUGGUGGACUCCAACUCCGGCGCCAAGAACUCCAGCGCCGUGAAGAGGCAAAAGGCGGCUGCGAUGAGCGCAAAGGCCGCGGCUGCAGCUGCUAAGGCGGGCAUCGGUGUCCAGGCGAAGGGGCUCCCGGUUGGCGGAUCGGCUGUGGCGCUGCCCGGCAAAGCGCCGCCCAACUUUGGCCUCGUGGCUGGCAAGCAGUCGAUGGCCGUACCCAUGAACAUACCCAUCUCCCGUCCCAUGGCGACCAGUGCCACUCCAGCCAGGGUAAUGAAGCAUCCGGCGGAGACGCAGCCCGCUAAUGCAAUCAUUCCGGUGAGGCAGGAUGAUCGCCGGGAGCGGAACCUCUUCGUCCAGCCGGUCAACGCGGCUUUGCUGGAAUGCAUGCUCAUCCAGGCGACGGAAGCCGAGCAGUUGGGUCUGAACGAACUCCAGGUGGGCCAGCUGGUACUCGACGAGUUUCUGUGCGGCUACAAGAAGAUCUUGGAGAAAAUUUGCGAGUACAGCAAGGAUUAUUAUUAA